GUUCCGGCGCUGCGUGGAGCGGCGCGCGGUGAGGAGGUUCGAGGGCCCCGCAGGCCGGAAGUGCGGCGAGGGUGGGAUAGAGAGCUGCGUCUCGCGGGUCCUCAGACCGUCCACACACUGAACCAACCGUCCUGCGGCCUUCCCGCCUCACAGCCGCCCGAGGUGCUGCGUCGGGGUGGGGGGCGGCUGCUCGGCUCACCGCACGGCGUCCUCGCGGGGCGCAAGGUCCCCGUGGACCGUGGAUGGCUUGAGCCGCAGGCUUUCUCCUAGGCAGGAAAAAUGCAAAGCAGUCGCUUCCUACUGUACUGAGUAAAGCGCUGCACAGUUUCCCAAAGGCGCCGCCUCACCUCGCAGGCACACGUUGUAGUCCUUAAAUCUCCUUAGGCUCCUGGAAUAGCUUGCACAGUUACUCUGCAAGAUGACAUGAUGGAGCACUCCUGUAAUUCCAGCACUCUCAAGGUGAAGACAGGGUGAUCACAGAUUUAAGAUUAUCCUGAGCUACAUAGGAAGAUCCUGUCUCAAAAAAUCACAGUACAAGUAUGUUCCAGGUCUCUUUCUUCAGAUUGCCUUCUGGAAGCCUUCCUUGCCUGUCUUGUGCUCCUCUCCAUUUCCUCUGCCAUGUGGAGUGGUCAACCCUCUCUACACCACCCUGCCCCCAUGCCCUUAUGUUCCUCCUCUGCAUCUCACGCUGAUCAUAGCAAUUGGAACUUUAUCCAAAACUGUUUUCUUCACUUUAUGUAGCACUUGUCGUCAUCAAUCACCCAGUAAAGUUUCAAGUGUUCAUUUAUUUGCAGAUAAUUACCCGUGAUGGCUCACAGAGUCAUAAACAAAAGAAGACACGUGGGACUUCAACAACUUUCAUCAUUUGCACAAACCGGAAGGAGUUUCCUAGGCCCAGUAAAAGCCACCAAGUUUAUUACAGAUUCUGAGUGUCAUGAAAGUGUGUUAAUCAGCUCAACAGUCAGGCUUCUUGAAGGUUUGGAUUUAACCUGUGCAGUGGGGCAGCUUCUCAAUGAAGCAGUUCAAGCACAGAAUGGCACAUACAGAAUUGGAACCAGCACUCUCUUGUUUCUUGUUGGUGCGUGGAGCAGAGCUGUUGAAGAAUGUCUCCAUCUGGGUGUUCCCACUCCAGUAAUAGUGUCAGUAAUGACCGAAGGCUUGACUUCGUGCAUUGAAGCAGUAGUUCCCCUUCAAGUACCCGUAUACAAUGUAUUUGACCACAUGGACAGCACAAGUAUAGUUGAUGUCAGCUUGUGUCCUUUUCCUUCAGAUCCUGGGUUGUUAAAGGAAAAGCGUGAUUUCAAAGAUGCUAUAUCUCAGUUAUUAUCCACUUACAGUCUUUCUGGGAGGCAUGCAGAAUCACCCAAAUUCUUCAGAACUCAGGCUAAGGUUGAAACAGAAAAAAACACACCACAAGCUCUGCAAAACGGCCUAUCUACAGAUUCCUUCUGCAGAAAGUCAGCAUUAACUCACAGUAGGCAUUUUAGCAGGACAGAUAAUAGCCACUGGAUAAACAGACCUGAUGGAUUUCUAGAACAAUGUGGAUUGACUCCCAGAACUUCUAGAUGUAAUGAUUUGGUGGAGUUAGCAGUUGGCUUGAGCCAUGGAGACCACAGCAGCAUGACAUUGGCAGAGGCCGCUGUGCGGCUGCAGUGGCAGAGUGUGUCCCUGCGGCAAGCCAACUCUAAGACACCGUUUAUGUUUGAUAUGUCAAGAAUCCUCACUUGCUGUCUCCCGGGCUUACCCGAAACCUCUUCUUGCGUUUCUUUAGGAUAUGUCACUGUUGUACCCAUGUCUAGUAUUGCUCUAAUAAAGGAAUUGCAGGGUCAGCCUUUCCGGGUGAUUCUCAUCGAGGGUGACCUCACAGAGAGUUACCGCCACCUGGGAUUUAAUAAGUCUGUAAAUAUUAAGACCAAGUUAGAUAGUGGGAAGCUUCCGGAAGAUAGUGCAGAAGAACUGUGGACUACAAGUGUGUUGCAGGUGUUAAUCCAGUUCGAUGUGAAUCUCAUCCUGGUACAAGGAAAUGUAUCUGAACACCUAACUGAAAGAUGCAUGCAGAGUAAGCGACUGGUAAUUGGUUCAGUGAAUGGCAGUGUGUUACAAGCGUUUGCAGAGGCUACAAGAGCAGUGCCAGUAGCCUAUGUUACACAAGUGAAUGAAGACUGUGUGGGCAGCCAGGUCUCUGUGACUGUCUGGACAAGUCCUCAUGAUAUAAACAGGGCCAACAGAAUGGCAAUCAUGUUAAAAACAGAAGGAAUUAAUUUGAUUACAGCAGUACUCACUAGCCCAGUAAGUACUCAGAUGGAAACCAAGAAAGACAGGUUUUGGUCUUGUGUGUAUCGCUUAUAUCAUGCCCUAAAAGAGGAGAAGGUCUUCCUUGGAGGUGGUGCUGUUGAAUUUUUAUGUCUUAGCCAUCUUCAAAUUCUAGCUGAGCAAUCUUUAAAUAAAGAAAAUCGUGCUUGUUCAGGAUGGCUUCCUGAUUCUUCCUCUUGGAUGGCCUCAUCUCUGUCAGUCUACAGACCUACUGUGUUGAAGUGCCUGGCAAGUGGGUGGCAUGAAUACCUGUCAGCUGUCAUGUUUAACACUGCCACUCACCCAUCAGCAGUGGAAGCCAGCACGUUCAUUCAGCAUCAUGUACAAAAUGCUACCAACUCUGGUUCUCCUUCAUCUUACAUCUUGAGUAGAUGUAGUAAACUAAGCAGUGGACUUUUUCAUUCAAGUAUUUCAGAUAACCUGGAGGUAGUUCAAAAAGUUUAUGAUACUGUUACACCAAAGACUGAAGCAUGGCGCCGAGCAUUGGAUUUAGUGCUCUUAGUACUUCAGACAGACAGUGAAAUAAUUACUGGACUUGCCCACACACAGAUAAAUUCACAGGAAUUAGAUGGAGUUUUAUUUUUGUAAGGUUAGUUAAAUCUUUGGGAAAUAAACUAUAUUAAUACAUUUUCAA